AUGGGAAAGUGCGUUUUAGGGAUAUAUUUCUGUAUAUUUAUUCUAGAUAUCGCUUAUGGAUUAUUAGCUCCCACUUUGUGUAGCGAAAAUUCAAAUUGGCCAAAUUGCACAUCAAGAUGGAAACGGCGGACUGAUGAUAGUUUCAAAUGCACCUUGCCUCAGCAUCCAAUCAACGGCAGAUGGAUAAUCAUAAACGGCGAAGGAAAACCGGGCGAUGAUAUCGAAGUGAACACUAUACUAAAGGUAGAAUGCAGGGAGGGAUACAGAUUGAUUUCCCCAUCGCCCUUCGUACUCUGCGAUACCAGCUGGAACCCCAACCAUUUCCCCAAAUGCGAAAGAAAAUGCCCAUCGUUUUACUCGACUGCCACGACCACUCUGAAAUGCAUCGACAAGGAAGGGUACAAAAUCGGCUGCGACCAAGCAGUAGACGGUACAUAUUUGACGUUCGAUUGUAUCGCUUAUUACGAGGUACCGCCUGGUAAUAAAAGAAGCUUAUUUUGCAGGGACGGCACAUGGGAUUUCCCCAAGCCCGUUUGCCAGCCAGUUUGCGGCAAAAAAGUGAACAACGACACACUGACCCUUUCCUACGGCGGCAAGCCAGUCAAAGACCUGGAGUACCCUUGGGUGGUGGCGCUCUACCACAAGAAAGCCGGGGAGUUCCAGAACGUGUGCGGCGCCACUUUGGUCAGCAGACGGGUCAUCAUCACCGCUGCGCAUUGCGUAACCGACGAAUUCACCAACGCCCUGCCCAAAGAGGAGUUCGAAGUCGCCGCCGGUAAAUAUUACAACUCUUACGGGGAUCCCAGGGAUGUAUGGGCCCAAUAUCGCAAGCUAGCUAAAUUGAUCGUGAAAGAGGGUUAUCGAGGAUCUAGUCAAAUAUACGCCGCUGAUUUAGCCAUACUAGUUACGCAUAAGUUAUUCCGAUUGGGGCCAGUUGUCCAGCCGAUUUGCAUAAAUAACGUGCAGUCUAUUCAUUUGCACCACAAGCAAAUGGGAGAGGUGGCUGGUUGGGGUUUGACGGAAAGCAACGAGUCCGCGGAUCGUUUGCGCGUGAUAAAAAUCCCAUUCAAGGAGAGAAACGUGUGUAGCUUGGAACUGCCGGAGGAAUGGGAGAAAAAGUACAAUUUUUUGGACAAAAUUUGCGCGGGUUACUAUCGUCAGAACAUCAGCGUGUGCAAAGGAGACAGCGGCAGCGGUUUGGUGUUCCUCAACAGCGAAGACAACAGAUACUAUGUACACGGCAUCGUCAGCAUUGCGCCCAGUUUAAUGGAUUCUAAUUGCAAUUACGAGACUAAUGCAUUGUACACGAGCAUCGCUUAUUACUACAAUUUCAUCGAUUUGGAAAUGCAGAGACACUAUGUAGAAGAUUGUUUGCUACCCCCUUACCCAGACAACGGUUACUGGGUGUUGGAAAACGAAUCGGAAAAACAACCAGGUGCUAUAGUACCUUCCACGACGGUUCUAAAGUUUACUUGCAACAAAGACUACAAACUCUCCUCGCCCAGCGAGUUUUACCAAUGCGAAGACACUUACAACAUACCUACCUGCAACCUGGUGUGCCAGCCGUUGGACUUCCCGAAGAAGACGAUCCUGAACUGCAAGAAUAGCAGGGACCAGGUGAUCGACUGCGCGGAGGCCACCGACGGUUCCAGCGUGACCUACACCUGCCCGGUGGGCUUCGAAACAGACCGAGGCGUCCGCACGAGCACCAGGUACUGCAUAAGCGGUACCUACGGGAAUCCCAGACCGGAUUGCCUGGUGGCAGGCAGUGUUCCGAAACCCACGAGAAAACCCAAACCGACCAACUCCAUCGACGGUCGCAAGGUGAUCUGCACGUACGCCAGCUGGUGGGCGCACGAGGAAGUCCUUCCGGAAGACUUCGAUCCGAUGCUUUGUACGCACGUCGUUUACCAGUUCAUCGGGGUGUGGGACAAAGGGGACGUCAGGGUGCAGGAUGAUAACCUCGAUUUGGACCAGGAGGAAAGAGGUCUUUACAACAGGGUUACGGAUAUGAAGAAGAAGAACAAAGAUUUGAAGGUGCUGUUAAGCGUGGGCGGUACGGCGGCGAGUAACUCCAGUAUAUUCCGAAGGAUAUCCCAGCACGCCGCUAAAACGGGAGCGUUUUUGGGAAGCGCUGGGUACUUUAUAAAAACGUACCGAUUCGAUGGAUUGGACAUCGAUUGGCAGUUUCCCGAAUUGGAGGAUCUAGGAAAUUACAUACAGUUUUUGCAAGUUAUAAGAGAUGAAUUCGACAGGAACGGAUGGCUGUUGAGCGCUUCCGUGAAGACCGAAAUAUACGGGACAGGUUACAACGUUACGGCGAUGAAUGACCUAUUAGACUGGGUGACGAUCAAAUCGUACGAUUUCUACGGCUUUUGGAGCAAGUACACGGGCGAGCACAACGCGCUGUACCCCUCGUCGAAGGAGGACAAAAACGAGAAGAAAUACCUCAACAUGGACGCCGUCGCGAAGAAUUGGUUGCGGGCCGGCUUGAGCAAGGAGAAGCUCGUGCUGAGCGUCGCCUUCUACGGCAGGAGCUUCGCUUUGAAGGACCCGAACCAGCACGGGAUGCGCGCCCCCGUCACCGGCGUGGGGCCCGGUAUAGACGGGGGUUUCGUUAGGUACUACGAACUGUGCUCGCAGUACAAGAACUUCACCGAGGAAUGGGACGACGAUACGAAGUCGGUGUAUAAAUACAAUUCGACUUCUUGGAUCGGUUUCAACAGCAAAGACGCCGUUUGGAUCAGGGGCGAUUACGUGAAGAAAAGCGGUUAUGGCGGGGUGAACGUUUAUCCCUGGGACGGCGAUGAUAAUAAGGGCGUGUGCGGUAUGAGACAUAUUUUAUUGAAGCAUUUACAUGGAGGUAUGGGACAUCCCGUGAAAUGGGAAACUUAA